UCUUUCUAACCUCACCCAAUUCUCUUUCUUUUUCUCUUUCUUUAGUCGCUAUUCAUCUGCUUCCAAUUAACUUAUUAUCUCAAUUUUGUGGUUCCAUUGUUUUAAUCAUCAUCGUAACCAUCAUCGUCUCUCUCAAUUGUUAAUCAACAAUUAACGAUUAUUUCCAUUUUUCUUACUCUUUUAUUACUCACCAAUUGUUUUCAUUUUUCCAUUUUCGUUUUAAUUGUAAACUAUUCAUCAACAAUUAACUCUAACCUUUCUCUUCACUGACAGAAUUAUUUCUCAGAAACAAAACAUCAAAUUUAAUUACAAUUCUUUCCGACUAAUUAACCGUCUUUCUGUUUACAUUUUAAUUGAUUCAUUUUAAUUGUCAAAAUUUGACCCGAAAAUCAUUAGCCAAAGAUCAAUAAGUGAGUCGAUUUAAUCGGCUUAGAAUUUUCUCUCUUUUAGUUACAAUAGAAAUCGAUAGAUGUCACUAGUUUUUAUUCCAAGCCAAUCAACUGAUCGGUCAAUCUAAUUGUCUUCAUGUGUUUUUGAUUUGAUUUAAAUUUGUUUGUUUCGUUUUAAUUGUUCAUUAUGUCAUCGGGAUUUUUUAGAGUAAUUAAUAGAUGGAAAGUUCCUGUUGUGAUUUCCUUUACUUCAGCUUAUGUAGCUGUUGACACUUAUCGUAUGAAAAUGAGGAAAGAAUCAGAAAUUUGUGUUAAUUUAAAUGGUAAACCAGUGAUUGGUGUUCUUGGAGAUGUACCAUGUGUAUCACCCAAAUUACAAGAGAUAAUAGAUGAUGUUAAAUCAACAUUAAAUCUACCCCAAUCCAAGAAGAGUGUAUUGAAUUACUAUGUGACUCCUUAUCCGAAGCCAAUAAUUAAUGGUUACUAUUCAUCUUAUUCAACCAUUGAUGUAUUUUUACCUGAUUAUUUAAACAUCUCCAGUGGUGAACAAUUAACUGCAUUAGCCAUUUGUAAUAUCAUCGGAUUAAUGGGUGAAAACUUUGAAUCACUAGCAGCGGAUGAUUGGUUAACCCCGGAUGGUAAAUCUUUCAUCAAUUCUUUCCUUCUCAGUGAAAGAGCAAAGAAAUACCUGGUCACCCAAACAUCUUAUUCAAAUCUAAAUCCUGAAUAUCAUUUGAAAUAUAUUGUUUUCUCCCUGGUAUCAGCUGUAUUUCUCGUUUGCAUGGCCAUGGUUGAUGAAAGAGCUAAAGGAGGUAUCGCUAAAAUUGGUCUCCUUCUAUUGUUGGCCAUUCCAAUGGGUUUACUUAAGAAUUUACUUUCUGGUCAUUCUCGACUUUUAUGUGAAUCAAAUGGAGUCGCUCAGGCGAUUUCGAGGAACAUGUUAACUUGGAGAGAAAUGAUUAAAACCCAAGAUGAAUCGCUAAUCGAUGAGGAGAUGUUACUUGGAGCAUUGGAAUAUUAUUCUAAAUUACUUCAGAGGAACAAAGCUUCUUAUAGAUUAUUUAGUUCUGGAUUUAGAAUCUCUAGAAUUUUAAAUGAUGAUGGUGAAGAUGUUAAUCCAUUCAACUUAGAAUUACCUAGAGCUGAACUUAUUAGACAAUUACAAAGAAUUCAAACUCUAUUGAAUUCUAAAAAAUCACUUGAUAGCUCAUCAAAUGUUGAUUCUCAAUGAGAUUCAAUUAAAUCAACUGUUUUCAUAGUUUAAUCCAAACUGUAGAUUUACAAUUUGUUACCAUGGAAAUAAAUGGCAGCGAGUUUUUGA